AUGGCGCGGCGCUUUCGGGGUGCUGGUGGGAGGAGGGGCGCGCUGCGCUACUCCGCGCGUUACAUAACGCUGGAGGGUGACGCCGAUUCCUAUUCGAGCCGCCCUGGCGUGCGGUCCUCUCCUGCCUCGCGGCUCUCGAACUCGCAACAGUUAGCGCCGACCCCGACAGUACCGGCUUCGGAACCGCGGACGCCCGCGGCCACGCGCCUCCAACUCGCGUGUCACCUCAUAAAUAGCCGCGAAUCGUUCUUGGACAACACUUUC